AUGACGCCAGGGUCCAGAAGUUUAUUAUUUGCUGCAUUAACAUUGCGGGUGGCUUCUGCGCUCUCCACAAAAAAGUUCGCUGCGUUGAAGUUCACCAUCCAUCAUCCAGCAGCAGUCUCUUUCUCGGUCGCAAGUUUCGGCUACAACUAUCCUUCUCAUCGGGAUGCUGUCGUAAUCAUGAAGAUAAAGUCUUUGACGAGACCGUCCGCGCCUCCGGGCGACGGGGCUGUUCGCCAGCCUCGAAACCUCGAUCCUGCUCAUCAUCCCUUCGAACGCGCCCGAGAGUAUACGAGAGCCCUCAAUGCCGUCAAAAUGGAACGUAUGUUUGCUUCCCCCUUUGUGGGGCAAUUGGGUGAAGGUCAUGUGGAUGGAGUCUAUUCCAUGGCAAACGAUCCCGGUUCUCUCGAACGAUUUGCAAGUGGCAGCGGAGAUGGCGUUGUCAAAGUAUGGGAUCUGACCAGUCGCGAGGAGGUUUGGAGUGCGAAAGCUCAUGAUAAUGUUGUCCGAGGGAUGUGUUGGACUCCAGAGCGAAAACUUCUUUCUUGCGCCACGGAUAAAACAGUCAAAGUUUGGGAUCCUUACAACAGCGAGAAGAGUAGCCUUCCAUUGGCAACAUAUCUUGGACAAGGGGCGUUCACGGACAUCUCACAUCAUCGUGAUCUUCCCACCUUUGCCGCUUCAUCCAGUUCAAUCUCCAUCUACGACCUCUCCAGACCAUCGUCAGGCCCCAGUCAAGUGCUGCGCUGGCCAACCGCUACAGAUACCAUCACGGCUGUCUCCUUUAAUCAAACCGAAACCUCUAUCCUCGCUUCUGCCGCCCUUGACAGAGCCAUUGUCUUGUACGAUCUACGGACAUCGUCACCUCUCUCGAAAGUUGUCCUGCGGUUAGCAUCCAAUGCGAUCUCAUGGAACCCGAUGGAAGCAUUCAAUUUCGCCGCAGCAAACGAAGAUCACAACAUCUAUAUCUUUGACAUGCGAAAACUGGAUAGAGCUUUGAACGUCUUGAAAGACCACGUGGCUGCCGUGAUGGAUGUUGAAUUCAGUCCAACCGGAGAAGACCUGGUUAGCGCGUCAUAUGACCGGACAAUCAGGUUGUGGAACAGAGAUAGGGGACAUUCGAGGGAUAUUUAUCACACCAAACGUAUGCAACGAGUCUUCUCGGCUCGUUUCACCGCGGACAACAAAUACGUACUGUCUGGGUCGGAUGACGGUAACGUGAGGAUAUGGAGGGUCAAUGCCUCGGAUCGAAGUGGAGUCAAAUCAGCACGGCAACGGCAGAAACUCGAGUAUGAUCAGGCACUUGUCCGGAGAUAUGCACACAUGCCAGAAAUCAGGCGAAUAAAACGACAUCGACAUCUACCCAAGACCAUCAAGAAGGCGACGGAAAUCAAAGGAGAAGAACUCAAAUCUAUCAAGAGGAAAGAGGAGAACGUUCGAAAGCAUGGUAAGAAGGACAGUAUGCCUCGGCAUAGUGAAAGAGAAAAGAUGAUUCUGGGGACGGAAAAGUGA